UCAGAUGAUGUAGAAUUAAUAGCGGAUUGUAGUCGACCUUAUAGUCUACCUACUGUAUGUGGUAAACAUAAAGAUCUCAAGUCUAUUUCUCCAAAAGUGGUUAUGGACUUGCUGAAUGGAAAAUACCCGACAAUAGAUAAUAAUUAUAUGAUACUAGAUUGUAGAUAUCCAUAUGAAUAUGAUGGUGGUCAUAUCCAGGGAGCAGUUAAUAUUUAUAUUAAAGAUUCUAUAGAUAAUUUAUUAAAAUUACAAGAUAAACCUAGAAUCUUGAUAUUUCAUUGUGAAUUUUCAUCGAAAAGAGCUCCAACUUUAUUGCGCUACCUUCGAUCUCAAGACCGAUUAUUGAAUAGUGAUAAUUAUCCUAGUCUAUAUUACCCAGAAGUCUAUAUUCUAGAUGGUGGAUAUAAAGCUUUUUAUGAGGAAUCAAAGGAAUUAUGUCAACCCGCUGCCUACAGACCAAUGUUACAUAAAGAUUUUAUUAAAGAACUACAUCAGUACUGGGUGAAA